CUCCGGCCGGCUCAAGUUCCGCGUGUGGAUCGCUUUGGGGGCUCCCGCGCACCCGCGCCGCUCGCUCCCGGCUCCGGUGCCGCGUUGUGCGGCCGCGCGCUUGUUCGGCGGCCAUGUGUUCGCUAGCGCCGGGGAACGGCCGAGGCGCCGAGCUGGGGCCCGAGCCCCUGGAGCUGUCGGACAGCGGAGACGACGCGGGCUGGGAGGACGAGGAUGCGGACACUGAGCCCGCGCACAGCCGGCAGCACACACCCUGCCUGUUCUGUGACAGGUUGUUCGCCUCUGCUGAGGAAACGUUUUCACACUGUAAGUUGGAGCAUCAAUUUAAUAUUGAUAGUAUGGUCCAUAAACAUGGACUUGAAUUUUAUGGAUACAUUAAACUAAUAAAUUUUAUUAGACUUAAGAAUCCUACGGUUGAAUAUAUGAAUUCCAUAUAUAACCCUGUGCCUUGGGACAAAGAUGAGUACCUGAAGCCAGUGUUGGAAGAUGAUCUUUUGCUUCAGUUUGACGUAGAAGAUCUUUAUGAGCCUGUGUCUACUCCAUUCUCAUACCCCAAUGGACUCAGUGAAAGCGCAUCUGUUGUUGAGAAGUUGAAGCACAUGGAAGCACGGGCGCUGUCUGCUGAGGCUGCCUUGGCUCGGGCACGUGAGGAUCUGCAGAAGAUGAAACAAUUUGCUCAGGACUUUGUGAUGAACGUAGAUGUCAGAACCUGCUCCUCCACGACGACCAUUGCAGACCUGCAGGAGGAUGAGGAUGGCGUCUACUUCAGCUCCUAUGGGCAUUAUGGGAUACAUGAAGAAAUGCUAAAGGACAAAGUACGCACAGAAAGUUACAGAGAUUUCAUAUACCAAAAUCCACACAUCUUCAAAGAUAAGGUUGUUCUGGAUGUUGGGUGUGGAACUGGAAUUCUCUCCAUGUUUGCUGCCAAAGCUGGGGCAAAGAAAGUGAUUGCAGUCGACCAGUCUGAAAUCCUCUACCAGGCUAUGGAUAUCAUAAGACUAAAUAAACUUGAAGAUACCAUUGUACUAAUUAAAGGAAAGAUUGAAGAAGUGAGUCUUCCUGUGGAAAAGGUGGAUGUUAUUAUAUCAGAGUGGAUGGGCUAUUUUCUUCUUUUUGAGUCGAUGUUGGAUUCUGUCCUUUAUGCUAAGAGUAAAUACUUGGCAAAAGGGGGAUCGGUCUACCCUGACAUUUGCACCAUCAGCCUUGUAGCCGUGAGUGAUGUGAGCAAGCACGCCGAUAGAAUUGCCUUCUGGGAUGACGUCUAUGGCUUCAACAUGUCCUGCAUGAAGAAAGCAGUUAUACCGGAAGCUGUUGUGGAAGUUGUAGAUCACAAGACUCUUAUUUCAGACUCUUGUGAUAUCAAGCACAUAGACUGCCACACCACGUCUAUCUCAGACUUGGAGUUUUCUUCAGAUUUUACCCUGAGAACCACAAAGACGGCCAUGUGCACGGCAGUUGCUGGGUACUUUGAUAUAUAUUUUGAGAAGAAUUGCCACAACAGGGUCGUGUUCUCUACUGGCCCCCAGAGCACCAAAACACACUGGAAGCAGACAGUAUUUCUGCUGGAAAAACCUUUUCCCGUUAAAGCAGGUGAGGCUUUGAAAGGAAAGAUCACAGUUCACAAGAAUAAGAAGGAUCCUCGUUCCCUCAUUGUGACCCUGACUUUGAACAGUUCAACCCAGACUUACAGUCUCCAGUGACAGUCAUGGUCUCCAGCUGCCACAAAGUCUGAAGCACAUCCAACUAUCUGUCUUUAAAGCGGAAUAGGGCAGUGAUCGGGAUGGGCAGGCUCCAUGGGGCUGUAACACAGCUGAUCCUGGCCCUGCAACUACUGGGUAGUAAGCCUAGAUAAAGCAGAGCUCAGUGAAAGAUCCUGGCCUCCUCCCUCCUCCUGCUUCUGCUCCUAGAGAUCCUAGUCACAGAAGCCUGCUUGGCCAGAUUAGCUGAAGAGACUUCCUCUCCUGCUAGACUGAGAGUCAUUUGAAUUGGCUUACUUUUGGAACAGUAGUAAUCCUGGUUUUUUUUAAAUAUAGAUAUAUGUUUCUUAAUAUAAAUUUUGUUUUUAAUAUUGAGCAGCACAAAGCAGUGUUUUACUGUAGAUUUCCUUUCUAGAGGAACAAUUUUUAGUUACACUCUUUGCUGAAAUAUCAGGAUAUCUCAAGACUAGAGAGCCAGUGGACAAACAUCCCGUUUGCAGAGGCUGUGCUGCGGUCCCCUCUACCCACCUGCAGCUGUCAGCUGGGCCUCUUCAGUGCUCUUCAGCCAUAGCCUAGCAUUGUGGGGAAGUCUAACUUCAGGAUGUAGCCUUGGUGUGACAGACUGCUCUCCAGGAUGGGGUAGAUGUAUGCCUCUCUAAAAUGCUGCCUUUUCAGAUCAGGUUUGCACCAAGGUCAUGUAUCCGUCUGCUAAUUCUAUAAAAUCAUGUUAUUCAGGUUGAAAGAAUGAAAAAUAUCCAGUAAAUAUGUAACUAUUGAAAUAUUGAAGGAAAGCGCUGUACUAAUCUACUCCUCCACUCCAAUACAAGAAUAAAAUAAGCAGAGCACUUCUUGGGAUAUGACUCAUCACACUGAAUGUUUUCAUGAAGUUGUAGCAUUUAACAAGUCAAGGAAGGAGUUGAUUUCAAGAAAAUUGUGGCUUCAGCAGAACAGCCAGGCAUGUUUUUUGUCCAAACUAGACAUCAGUAGAUCAGGCUAGCUCUGCAGUAGGUCAGUUCCCAUUCAGCUGCAGAUCUCAGUGUGGGCGUGGCCUCUUUCCUAGCCCCUUCAUGGAGUUGCUGGUUUAUGUUACUACAGUUCAGGUGUUCAGGUCACCGCCUCAGUAAGUGGAUGGAGGUGACAGUAUUGGCUCCUACCUAAGACAAGAGGGGAGUGAAGAGCACAACACGAAAGAACUGUACUUUCAGUUACAGUUACAAUACAUAACCCACCAGAUUACGUAUUGUGCUUUGCAGUAUUGCAAUUUAACUCUGGGCUAACUGAGCUAUGCUCCAGCCUUCCUUUCCUUUUUUUUUUUUUCUUUCAAAAUUCUCUACUAUUUAAAAAAGUAUUUCUCAAAAAUGAUCCCUCUUGCCAAGCAUAGUGGUGCACACCUUUAACCCAGCACUCAGGAAGUAGAGGCAGGUGGACCUCAGUGAGUUGAGGCCAGCCUGGUUGUUAUAUAAUGAGACAUCGGGGUCAGGCUGGGGUUUUCAUGGCAGAUGAUAGGAAAGAGGAGAGGAGAUUUGUUUAGGGGCAGAAUUGAGGAGUUUAGUGUUUCCCUUGGACAAGUUUGUUUUGAAAUUAGGGUUUAUUGGCUCUCAUUUUGUAGCCACUGGGUGUCUGGGAUUGGCUAGCCACUUUUCUCCAGUUUCCAAAUAUCUGGCUUCUUGGAGCUUUGAGCUCAGUUUAGGCCCCUGGCUUUGGGGUGGGU